AUGGGGCCAAGGACGGCCAUUUCUUGCUUGUACGUAUUGGUGUAUUUGGUUUCUGGGCGGAGCGCAUUCGCCGGAUUAGAUGGAGAAGCGGCAGAAGGGCAUCUGGGUUGGGAUGGCGUCAGCACCAGCGGGGCUGACGGCAUUGCUGACGCAAGCCACCCACUGGAGCCAUUGCCAGUGCUGCCCCUAGGAAUCAGUGUGGAGGGAGACGAACUGGUCGCAUCCUGGAUACCUGGAGUUGACAGCAGUUUCGAGUUGCCUGACCAGGCUCAGGACGACGCAACCCCCUCGCGCGCCCACCCCACCAACCGGAGGUUCCUCUCACAAACCUCUCACACGUGCGCGGCCAUCCAGACCGCUGCCACGUGGCAGCUCCAGAACGGCGGGGGCGAGGUCACUCUCGAUCCUGUGGAGUACGACUGUUCGGUUGGGGGCCCAGUCAGAGUUCCAGGCUCGGUCGGGGUCACCUUUAGAGGCUCCUGCGUAUGGGCGGGAAAUAAGAAAGUGUGCACUACGGUGAAUGGCUGGGCGCAGGCGCCGCUCUUCGAAUUGGGCGCGGGGGUUUACGGGUUCAAGAGCAUCGUAUUUACGCAAUCUCGGGGCACAGCUCUCCGCUCCUCCGGCAACCUGUGCAUCAGCAACUGCACGUUCAUUAACAACUCGGGCGCCAACGGCGGCGCCAUUUCGACCGCCGGGGCCCUUAUGCUGUCCGCCAGUACCUUCCAGAACAACUACGCGAGCAACGUGGGCGGUGCGAUCUACGCCCCCAGCGGCCGCGUCUCCAUCAGCGGCAGCACUUUCACGAGCAACUUCGCAAACGCAACCGGUGGGGCCCUUUACGCCUACUCGAGGACAAGCCUCAGCAUCCAAGGGUGCACUAUCACAAACAACGCAGCCCUGGGGUCUGGCGGGGCGGUCACGACCUUCGGUGCCGUCGACGUCACCGACACGUCAUUCACAGGCAACACGGCACUGACUGCAUCCGGAGGCGCAGUGGCAGUCAGCGGGGGCGGCCCGGCCACGUUCCUCCGCACCAGCUUCGUCCGAAACGCGGCGCCGAUGCAAUACGGCGGGGCGUUGUACAGCUACGGUGGACCCCAUGCCCUUGAAAGCGUUUCCUUCCAGGGCAACAGCGCCCAGGGGGGCGGCGCCAUUUUCUUGACGGGGAAGGCGCUGACCUGCAAAGACUGUACGGUGGGCCAGAACUCGGCGUCUUAUGGGCCCCUAUACGACGGGCAGCAGAGUUUCAGCGGGGCCAACAUCGGCACGUGCGGAUUCAGCGGACCAAACGUGCCUUCCGGUUUGAAUGUGCUGCCGGACGGGUGCUCGGUCGCCUGCCCGAUCGUCUCCGAGCCUCAAGCGGCGCAAAUCUGUGCAGCAACGCUCUUCCCUCCGACAAGCUCAACCCCCUCCCCGACUCCGACUCGGACUUCCGUCCCAAGCCCUGUUCCACUUGGCACUUCUCCAAGCACCAAACCGGGAUUGGUUAUCCCUACCGACGCUUCCUCCUUAAACCCGGGGUUCUGCCCGUCCGAAUACAACACGUGUCAGACGCCGCAGUAUCCACGUAGCCGCUUCUGCUGCCUGGCACGUGACGGCCUCUCGUGCUGCCACAACAGCGCCUCCGACCCCAAGUGCUGCCUCUUCGGCGGCAACCAGCAGGUCGACCUGACCCCGGUUUUUUUAACCACCCCUAACCCAGACGCAACGCCAGCUGUCACAAUCCCCCCGGUUCUUUCCCCCGAGCCCUCCGCUUCUCCUUCCCCCCGGCCCUUUCCCUCGGCGACCCCGUCCCCCUCUCCGUCCGUGAGCCGGUCGCCCUCGCCCUCGCCCCGCCCCGCGCGCUCCCCCGGCGCGUCGCCCUCGCCGAGCCCUAAACCCUCGCCCGCGGGCGCGACCGCGGCGCCCAUGAGCUACGACCCGGUUCUGCGCCCCAACCGGUGCUACACGGCCGAUGGCCUGACCGAGUUUGCGUGCGAGGGAGCCACCCCCCAGUGCUGCGCUACGGACGCUGCGCCGAAGUGUUGCGCCUGUGCCGCUGGCCAGUGCUGA